AUGUCAAUUUACACCUUCAACUAAAAAAAAAUAAAAAUAAAAAGAAUACGCAAAUAUUAAAUAUGACUUUGCUUAAAUUCUUUAAUAAUCUUGAAAUUAGUGAUUACCUUUCAUUUAUAGGUAUCAUUUUAACAAUCUAUGUAGCACAUUAUUAUUAUAAAUACUUCACUCGCGUUAAUCCUUUACCUGGUCCUUUCCCACUUCCAUUCUUUGGAAAUUUACUUCAAUUCUUUUGGUAUGAUGAUCUUAAAUUAUAUUUCAUAAAUAAUCACAAGAAAUAUGGUGACAUAUUUGAAGUUUAUUUGGGAAUAAGACGUAUUGUCUUAAAUCGACCUGAAGAUAUUGAAAAACUUUUAAUGCCUUCAACAAAAAGUCAAUAUUUGAUGAGAUUUCCUUACACCGAAGGAUUAGACGAAAUCGGAAUGAUGGGAAAAGGAAUCUUAGCAAAUCAUAAUUUGAAAUCAUGGAGAUAUAAUCGUCAAUUUUUUACACAAGCUAUAUUGGCACCAAAAUUUACUAAUGAAGCUAUUGAUUGGACAAAUAAACUUUUCAAUGAAUUGGAAGGUUAUUGGAAUAAAUUGUACCUUAAAGAAGAAAUUAUUAAAGAAAAUAAAAAUGUAUUAGAUUUUUCUGCAUGGUUAAAUCGAUAUACAAAUGAUAUGAUUAUUGCACUAACAACGGGUGAAAGAUCUUAUACAAUGGCGGGUUACUUUAAUAUUCAAGGUGAAGAGAAGGCUGAACAUCCAUUGGCGAUAGUAGAUGAUUCUGAGAAAUUUGUCCGAGCAUUUCGUAAACAUAUUUUAAACGUUGCAAUAUUUGUUUUUUUACCAUCUUUCGUCCGACAUUAUAUUCCAUUUGUUAAGGGUAAAACAGAUGAUUUGAUUCAAAACGUAGGAUUUAUUUAUGAUAGGAUUGAUACUAUUGUUAAGAGACGCAAAGAAGAAAUUGAAAAUACACCAUUGGAUAAACCUUUACCACAUGAUAUGUUGACAUCAGUUAUUACAGCGAAUACACCUCGCGAUAUUAAUUAUACUAAAACUGUUGGUGGCGAAGCUUUAGAAAGACCUAUGAAUGAUAUUGAAAUCCGUCAUAUCAUGUUUGAUGCAUUUAUUGGUGGAACCGAUACAACUGCUAAUAUGAUCACAUUCAUUGCUUAUUUUGUUGCACAUCAUCCGGAAGUGAAAAAGAAGCUGCUAGAAGAAAUUGAUAGAGUAUUCCAAGGUGAUAAAACGCGUCCAAUCACUGAAAGUGAUUUCCAUAGCUUAAAAUAUUGUGAAGCGAUUAUAAAAGAAGUCUCUCGUGUUCAUCCAGUUGCGAAUAUGAUAGCGAGGUAUUCUCAAGAACCUGAUGAAAUAGCAGGAUAUAAAUGGCCAGCCGGUACAAUGUUUCAAAUAAAUGCUGUUACUAUUCAUAGACUUAAUAGUCAUUGGGAAGAAGCGGAUAAAUUCAAUCCUGAUAGAUGGAUGGAUAAAGGUUUUGAACCCGAUAAAUAUUCUUUUAUCAUGUUUGGUGGAGGUUUAAGAGUCUGUCCUGGAAGAAAAUUGGCAAUGAUUGAAUUGGUUUGUUUGAUGGCCUUAUUAUAUAGAAAAUAUGAUAUUGAUUUAGCUGAUAUGAAUGCUCCUUUAAAAACUAAAUCUAUUGGUAUUACUACUUGUAAAGAAUUAUUAGUUAAAAUCAAACCAAGAAAUUAACUUUUCCAUAUCUCAUAUUUAUAUUUAUACAUACAUUCACAUAUAUAUAUUUUUGCAAUUUUUUAUCUAUAACCUUUUUAUCUUUUAUAUUUUUAUAUUCCUAAGAUAAAUUAUAAAUAAAGACAUAUUUUAUUUUCAUGUAUAUGAAUAAUCGGAUUUAUUUAAUGAAAAUAUCA